UGCUCAAUUUUAAGUUGUAUUUUUUUUUUAAACUGAUAAUUCUUUAAUGAUUAAUGGAACUUCUCAGUGCUGUAUCAGCAUUUCAACUUACACACCACAGUAGACCAGUAACCUAGUCCCAUAUCAACUGGAUGAAAUGGCAUUGUUGGCCGAGAACUUGAUUAAGACGGUGAAGAUGCUGUUGUAAUACGUGUUGAGAAUGAGCUCUUGCUGGAAACAGGUCAACCCAAGGAAGGAGGGAAAUUUUACAAUAUUACUGUAAACAGCUGUAUCUGGGGAAGAGGUGAUUCAACCUUUGUGUCUUCCAAACUUUACGUUCAUCUUCUGACCCCUUUAAAUGUACUGGGAGAGGAGGUCCGAUCAGGCACAGUAUAUUUCAGUUUCAGUGUUAUAGACACGUAUAUAUGAAUGAGGUGAAGUCAUAAAAGGAGAUAACUGGUGUAGAACUGCAACAAUUAAUAAUCGACUACUAAAUGAAUCGCCAACUAUAUUGAUAAUCAGGUCAAAAUCCUCUGAUUUCCGUUCCUUAAAAUGUUAACAUUUUCCGAUUUCUUCGCUCCUCUGUGACGGUGAGAUAGAUAUGUUUGGUUUGUGACGAAAAACACUAAACAUCCUCUUGGGGUUUUUGCGAAAUAUUUUUUCACCAUUGCAUACGAUUUUAUGAAACAAAUAGGGAAACAUAAUUGCCAGAUUUUUCCCAAAUGAAAAUAAUAAUUAGCAGCAGCCUUAAACUGGUGCAAUCACCACCAUUUAAGGGUUUUCACUAUCUGCACAUCUGAGGGCCCCUCUUGGUUUUCCCACAAAUGCUCUGGCUCCAUCUAGUGAACACUAUGCGUCCUUGUCUAUUUAUUUUUCAUAAAUACAUCAUCAUCAUCCAACAACCACUCACACAUGGUCCUCCGGCCACGUAGAAAUCUUUAUGUAUCCGUUAAGCCUGCAGACAAAUUGUGGCCCUCCCCGCACGACUCGUUCGAUGUCUGGGAUCUUCUGAUACUUUGGCUGGCUGCUGCCCAUAAGAUGAGUUUGCAUCUGCAGGGUUUCUGUUUGCCAGUUGGCCUGCAUGAUGUGUGUGUGUGUGUGUGUGAGAGAGAGAGAGAGAUUUGAUUUUUUUUUUUAUUAAAAUUGACCAGAGAACAUCAAGGCCCUCUACAAAUGAAUUGAAAAACCAAUUAAAAUAAAUGAAUGUACAGAAUAAAUCAAAUCAUAAAAACACAGAGUGAGAGAUGAGCUCUCCCUCCUUCACUGAACACACACCACUGGUUCUCCUGCAUGUCCUUCAUCAGAGAGUGGAAUCUGAAAUCCACCAGAGACACGUACAUUUGUGUCAGCUCGUGUCCGGAGACAUUUUCUAUCUUGUUUUCCCGAGAGAGGCUCCUGAUGUCGGCCCCUCCCUCUUAAUUUAUUGGCUUGGAAAGCAUCAUCAAGUUAGCCACAGGUAGUCAGAGUCACACCGGAAACAGGAUGAAUUUCCUGUAAAAAAAAGAAGAAAAAAAAGCCUACAUUUAAAAGAUAAACGUUUUGGAGUUGGAAGUAUGAAACUAAUUCCCAGUUGGUUUUGUUGUUGUUGUUUUUUUUUCACAAUUCAACUCCCUUGCUACAAAUCAAUAUCUACAAUGAACGUGAUCUCACAAUCGCAGCGUGUACAUGGUAUUUACAGUAUGAGAGUAGGGGUACACGUCCAACUUAUUUCAGCUAUAUGAAGUGGAUUGUGUCAUUCAGCCACACGACAAUAGUUGCGGCAAUUAUUUGUACAAAAGCCAAAUGCUUUGUCAUGGAAAUGCUUCCCCAGACCUAUAAAACAUUUACUAGACUGGCUGUAUUUAUUUUGUCAUUUAUUUUCAUUGAGUUCACAGUACACUAUCUCAUCUCACUGUAUCUCAUUUGACGUUGCGCUGCACGUCCAUCCACGCACUUGUUGGCUCGUUUCCGCCAAUUAGAGCCGCGCUUUUAUUUUGAAAAGCCGGCGUGCGCGUGCUCACUCCGCGUCGCUUGACUCCAGCGGCGUGAAGCUGCGCUCGGGUCGUUGCGCCUCGUCCGCUGCGGUGGACGCAGUUGAGAGAGAACUGCAGAGGGAAAGAGAAGCACGUGAAGCGGGGGAUUAUUCAUUCUUCUUCUCCUUUUGUUUCUAUUUUUCAAAGCCCUCACAAACCAGCUGUUGUAAAGAACGAAAGAACAAUGGACCCAUAUAAAUCUGCUUGCGCACCUGCGCUGGACUACUCUGGUGAGAAGUCCUCCAUGGGCCAGAUGCCCCCUCCGGCCUACCUUGACAACCCCUACCCGGGGCAUCCUCAGCCCGGCCCGGGGUAUCCUCAGCCCGGCCCGGGGCAUCCUCAGCCCGGCCCGGGGCAUCCUCAGCCCGGCCCGGGGUACUCACCACACCAUCAGGGCUACGGAGGUCCACCACCCUAUGGGGGUGAAGGAUGCGGAUAUCAGCCGUAUCCCAUGAAUCAGCAGUACCCGGCGCAGCCCGCCACCGUCACCGUCCAGCCCACGGUGUACCUGACCCAAGGCCCGCUGGCCGAACCUGUCAAGGACUACUUGUGCUACUCCAUCUUCACCAUGCUGUGCUGCUGCCUGCCACUCGGAAUCGCUGCCCUCAUCUACUCCAUCUCGGCUCGUGAAGCCAACCAUGUCGGGGACCAGAUGGCAGCGGAGCGGAGCAGCAGGACGUCCAGGACUCUGAACCAUGUGGCCCUGGGACUCGGGCUUGGUGCCCUGAUCCUCUACAUAGUGAUUAUUACGAUGGCUGCCGCAUAAAUCUAUUUCGACAUCUUUCCUGUGGUUCAAUUUCCCAUACUCAUUCUACACCAGGUAGUUGGGCGACAUUCCUGGCCAUCAAAAAGUUUUUCUUUGUAACCCAAAAGGCUAAAAGACCUUUGAAAAGUUAAUGAUAUAUUUCUCAAAAGGAAUGGGCCACUCGAUUUAAAGAGCCUGCAGAAUCUCUUCACAUGUAAUCCAUUUCUCCCCGACAUUGGAGAGUAGUCACUUCACAAAGAAUCUGACAUAUGUCAUCAACAAUUUUCUUUUUGAUUUGCUGUCUAUGUUAUCACACAAAAAUGAUUUUUAUUAAAUUAGAUUCAACUUUAUUGUCAUUAGAGUACAAGUGCUGAGCCAACGAAAUGCCGUUUUUCAACUUAGAUGCCUUAAGAGUUUUGCCUCGGUUCAACGUUGCUCUUACACACAUGCAGAAUUUGUUUAUGAUGCAAUGCAGAGUAUUACAUUGUGUGUUCAAAUUGCGAAUGAUUGUCCGUUAUGCAAUUAAAAGAGAUUUGUCUGGUUGUAUGAUGGAAAAAACACAGUUGCCUUUUUAACAGAAUUGAUGACUGUAAAUAUGCACUAACACCCUCUAGCCCUCUUUAGUACGCUAUGCUAGAAUUGCAUUAAAAUUUAAGAAAUGCCUCAAUGUGUGUUCGGUACAUUCCAAAUGAACAGGAACAAAAAGCCCCCAGAUGAGCGGAAAUUUAGCAACAGUGGUGCCAAUUUGGCUGACACAGCCAGUUAUAAAUCUGUGUUUAGGAGGCUGUGGCGUUGUUAUGAAUCACUGGCCUGGGUGUUGUUUGUCAUGCAAAGUCAUGCGUAUGUGCUUUUUUUUUUUUUUUUUUUUUUUUUAGCUGAAAGAGAAAGAUUUUACUGUAUACCAGAUUUCCUGUCUGAUCUAUUUGGAUGAUUUUUUUAUGUGACCAGUACCAGAGCCCAACAAGGUUUGUCACAAUACAUAACAAAACCGUACAUUUAUCUUUUUUCUCAGCUAUUAGACUGAUAUAAGAAGGCCACUUGAUGUGAAAUGUACUUUCUGUACUCAAGCUUAUUAUUUCCUCAUUCAAAUACUGGUGGCUCAAGUUGUAAUUGUGUACAUUUCAUUACAUAGUGCUUCUGUAUACCCUAUCGAAGGCACAAUAUGUUUUUGCCUGGCUAAAUUAGAACAAAAAUAAAAGUAGUGCAAGUUCUGCCCCUCCUUACCCCCCUA